AUGACAGACUGGAAGAACCCCGUCGUGCUGGGACACGGCUUCUAUGCGGCGACCGCGCUCAUGUGGUUGUGCGUAGGGCUGUUCUUCUACGAUACGCUCCGCUUCCUCCGCUUUGACGUCUCGAUCCUCCUGGGUCGUCGACCGCGCAGGUGGCCGCAGCUGCCGUAUCUGUUCAGCCGUGUGGGCCUGUGGACCUACUUGCUGACCAACAUCUACUUUGUGGUGGCGGGCACCGAGUUCAACUGCAACGGCGUGCUGCAGGCCGUCGAGAUGCAGAUGGGCUGGAUCGCCGUGUCGUCGUCGAUGCUGCUCGCCUUCCGCGCCGUGUGCGUGUACUCGGGCCGUGCGCGCACCUUGGUCUCGCUACUGCUCACCAUUCUGACGCUCGGCAUGCUCGCCACCUGGAUGGUGGGCGUCAAGGACACCAAGGCCGCCUGGGUGGUCGGCGGUGGCAACCCGUGGCAGGAGGGUUCGUGCGCGUUCACGUACAUGUCCAAGCAGUACUCGAUCAAGUACAUUGUGACGAUCGUAUUCGACAUGGUGGUCAUGCUGCUCACUGUGGCGGGUGUGGUGCGCAUGAACGGCGGCUCGCGCAUCGGCGCCGUGCUGGUCAACCAGGGCAUCCAGUACUUUGUGCUGACCGCGCUCAUCAACGCGCUCGUGACGGGCCUGACGCUGGCGGACCUCAACCCGGUCAUGUCGCUGAUCGGCGCCAUCCCGAGUGCCACGAUUUCGGUCAUGUGCUCGACGCGCCUGUACGUCGAGCUGGCCGAAGAGGCAGCGCCUAAGCCCGAAGGCGUCAACUCGUCGCAGCUCUCGUCGUCGCUGAGCGGCUCGGGUGCCGAGAAGAUCGCACGCUUCUUCAAGCGUUCGAGCCAGAACCCAUCGCAGCUGCAGCCAUCGAUGGCCAUGCGCAGCACGUCGUCGUCCAACAACGGCACCGCCGUCGCUGGCCUCACCUCGCUCAGCUACAUUGCGCGCAACGAGUCGCAGUCGCGCGACGACAAGAGCUUUGCCAUUAGCUCCCACGACGACCUCGAGGCCCAGAUCACGCGCGCUCAGCCCGGCACCGUCGUCAAUAUUGUCGAGGAGCGCACUAUCGUGCGCGAGCCCAUGCCCGACCACCUCGCUGGCGUGCUUUACGGCCGUACCUCGGACACCGCUGACGAGGGCGUCGCCGACCAUCCGUACAGCACUGUCAAGGGCCACUUUCCGCGCCUAAGCAAGUCGUGA